AAAAAACAACGUCCACCACAUUAUACUAUUAAUAAUCCGCGCAUCGAACCCCACUACGAAAAACCGCGGCUGCACUCCGCCGUGUCUCUGUGAAUCGCAUCCACGCAAGUUUAAAAUUAUAGUACACGAGAGCCCGUUUUAAAACCGUGCCCGCCGAUAAAUCUAGAGUGCGAAAUUCGAAAAUAAUAUUAAAAAUCGAGAAGUGAAUAUGGCAUCCUUGAUCCAAGUGCGCAUUAAUAAGGGAGAUUUCCCUAAUUUAGGUUUCAGGUUACAAGGGGGUAAGGAUUUCGGAACUCCUCUUGUCAUUCAAAAAGUGAAUGUCGGUUCUCCAGCCGAAAGAGCCGGACUCGUUGCAGGAGAUUCGGUGAUCAAAAUCAACAACACAGAUGUAUUCAAUUUGAGACAUAAAGACGCACAGGACGUCGUACUAAGAGCAGGCCCUUCAUUUGAAAUGACCAUUCAAAGAGGUGGAUCUACGUGGAAACCUUCAGUUGUACCUACUGGCCCCUUAUCGACUCCAUCUCCCUACAUCAAUAGUGCUACUACCGUUACAAGGACCUCUUUAGCUUCUAACAAGAGUGAAAAUAUUGGAGCUAUUGGAACGGGUCACAAUUUAUCUGCUAAACCUUUUAGUCCUCAGGUUAAUGGUGCUGUCAAUGGUGGACCAAGAUUAGUUAACACGCAAUAUAAUAGUCCCGUAAAACUAUAUUCAGAGGAAAGUAUAGCAGAAACCCUUUCAGCACAAACGGAAGUGUUAUCUACAGGUGCAUUAGGUGUAAAUUUCAAGAAAAACGAGAAAAACUACGAUGCUUCUAAUAGCGAAGUACUUAGAGCGCUGAAAGAAGCUGAAAACGAUACAAACUACAACGAUCAAGUAAUUCGCUCCGAUUUCUAUUCGACGCACAGCCACGCGAUCGGUGGUCGAAAAUCCACGACCCCGGUAGUUACCGAACAGACACGAUCAUUUAACGAACAGUCCCGAUCAGUUAGUGUAGGCAGUACACAAACACAAGGAUAUUCAGAGAAACCUACUGCGCCGGAAGGCGCGACCAUAUGCACUGAUUGUCAAAGGGUUAUUGUGGGCGUGUUCGUGAGGAUAAAGGACAAAAAUUUGCACGUUGAAUGUUUCAAGUGUUCAACUUGUGGAAGUUCGUUGAAAAACGUCGGUUACUACAAUAUCAACAACAAAUUGUAUUGUGACAUCCAUGCUAAAUCAGCGGCUCUAAAAAAUCAGUCCAAUCCAAAUUUAGUUCCAGUAACAGUACCACCUGGUGGAAAAGCUCCGGUUCACGCCAUAUCUUCUGCCCUUUCUAGUCAUUCUUAUCCAACAUCAUCUCCAUUAUCGCCAAAGUUAAAUACAGCUGGUAAUCAGUUCCAGGCAGAGGAUACUAAAGAGAAUGUCGAUGUCUCGUCUGAAUUACCACUAUUAGCAAAAUCUAACGUUAGCGAUUCUAACAUUAGUAAUAAUAAUAUAUUAAGCAAUUCUACCCCUGUUUCGUUCAACAAAUAUUUGACUUACAAGACGAACGUCACUGGCCCGAAACCUUUCUCCAGCGUAACUGCUCCACUUUCCCCGUCGAACACUUUACCAAGAGCAGCUCCACUCUCUCCAGUCGCCCCCGCACCAGCGCCAUCUUUUAAUAGUCAUUCAUACACUCCAUCUGCCUAUAGUCCAUCAUCAGCUCCUUCUUUUAAUUCGAAACCUCGUCCUUUUUCCUUAGUCGUUGAAUAACUAGUUAUUAAUAUUUAGCUAACUGCUUUUGAUAUUAGGCCAAGCAACAUGGAAUUUGCUUAAAACUUCUAGUAUACCUUCAAUUUUUUUAUACUGUAUUUGUAAUUUCAUUGUUGAAAUUAUUGUCCUUCCUAGUAUGUAGUUUAGAAUGGUGUUGUGAGUUGAGGACUCAAAAUAAAACUACCCAAGUUUUUUAAAAUGCCAACUUCUCGAUCUUUCAUUUGAUCUUUAUCGAGGCUAAAAAUAUGUUGUACUAUUAACGUUGGUGAAGAUAAACAAGUAAACAAAAAGUUGUGAAAUUAGACAAUCCUCUCAUAUAUAAUAAAAUUUAUUUUCGUUAUUACGUUAUGUUUGCUCUCAUUUAUAAUUUUAAUAACCAGCUCUCUUGGGUAACAAUUAACUUUGAAAAUUAGUUUGAUUCCAUUAUUAUUAUCAGUAUAGAAAUCAGGGUUACUUUUAUUGUUUCUUAAGUUAGGUCUCCGAGGAUGGUUCGAAUAAAAGUUGAGUAGUCGGCCUGAAGCUGAAGGUUUGAAAAACCUAUUUGUCAAUUAUUUAUCAUUCGGUAGAGGAUUGUCGGAGAAACUUCGAAACUUCUUCAAAACGCAUUCAUCAAAUAAUUGUGAGCUGAAAUUCUACUCAAUAAACAAAGUUAGCAACUUAUUCAAAUAUAUCAAAUACAAAACACCUAAACUCCAGCAUUCCAGUGUGAUUUAUAAAAUAAAUUAUUCAGACUGCAAUAAGAGUAACAUUGGUAUAACUAAACAGUACUUGAAAUCCAGAAUAUAUCAGCAUAAAUAUGAUUGUAGAGGAAAUAAUAAAAACAAAGGAGAUGAAACAUCUUUGGCCUAUCAUCAUUUCACUGAUGGUCACAACAUUAAUUUUCAUGAUGUGAAAAUUUUUGAUAAGGAACAUAAAUAUGGAAAAAGAACCAUCAGCAAAAUGAUAUACUGAAUCAAACCGUUAAUAACCGUACGGAUGUGGUUUAUCUCGGUGUUAAAUGUGACUAUCUUUCGAAUGUUUAUAAGUAAUAUGUACCUAUAUAUAUUUUAGAUGCUGUGUCCUAUUCAUUUAUAUAUAUGUACAUGUACAGACAUUUCCUCAAUUUCUUAUUUCUUGUACCUUUUGAUAUGCUUCUAAAUGUUCUUGAUUUUAGGUCUCUUUUGUUUUAAGAGAAAGAUAAAAUUUAACGUUACGAAUUUUCUUUGAAUCUUUAUCAAUAUAUUUUGAUAAAAAAAACUAAUUUUAAAACAGAAGAGACCUAAAAUCAAGAACAUUUAGAAGCAUUGAUAUUUAUAUUAACACUAUCUGAUUAUUGUUUUACUUUUAAUUUCACAAUUUUUUGUUUUCUUGUUCAUCUUCAUCAACGUUUGAGUUAUUAUGUACCAGAUAUUUUAACAUUGAUAAAGAUAAAUAAAAGAUCUUGGACUUGGAUCUUUGAAAGAACUCUUAGACGGUUUUAUUUUGAAACCUCAGCCCGCAACACCAAAACCCGAAAUUAUAUUUGUAAUAUUGAAGUCAAUCGUCAAUACCUCAGAACACUCAAACCGGUAUAACUGUCCAUAAGUUUACUAUGCCAUCAAUAUCCUUUUAUCUCCUUAGGAAGCAUUUGAGUACAAUUUCAAUUGCUUGAUAAGUGAAGAAAUAAAAACGAAUGGUUUAACGGGUAAAAAAGUUACUUUAUUUCACGACUAAUAAAGAUAACUUUGGUAAGUCUUUCAUCUAUCUCAAUUCUGGUUAAAAAUAAUAUGUUUUGCUAGUCCGUCUCAUUUUCUUAUAAAAAUAUAUACUUAAGUGACAAUAACUUUCUCUAAUUUGAUAAUUGUAUUUGAGUGAGUGUUUGGUGAUUCUAUUUUUUAUUACUUGCCAAUAAAACCAUCUUGGUUUACUUAUAAUUGCAGUUGUUGAUGCGCGUUGAAUUUCAAUUGAUUUAUAUUUAUUUAUAAUAGGUUUUGGCGACGAUUUGAAGACAAUCUAGAUACUUGGCGAAUUAAUAAGUAAUGCAAGUUGUAUGUUUAUAUAAGUAAUGUAAACCUUGAAUCAUCCCCGCAUUUCCUCUAAGAACUAUUUUGCUUAUACAGGGUAUGUCAUAAGGAACUUUACAUACUCAAUACUGAAGAGUUCGCGUUAACAAGCAAAUUCGGCAAAAUACUUUGUAGAAAGUGGAAAUGUACCUGUCCUCUUGAGGGACCAUAAAAAAGUGAGGAUUUACUAAUUGGUCAUUUACAACAACAAUCAGCACGUUAACCAAAAACCUUAACUAAGAAUGACAUUCUCGAAUAGUCUGGGGAUUUUCCUCUCGUCACACAUAUAAAUCACAGAAAUUAUUUAUCACGUCUCUUUUAAAUUGGAAUUGAUGUGUACAUAGUGUCAUGUAUAGCGUUGGUCGAUGAUUGUUGAUUCAAAAUUCCAACCUAUGGAUUUCAUCUCCAGUAUGUGGUCGCUGAACCAUUUGUAAGGCUCUACUUAAUUUUGAUUGAGUAACAUUAAGUUCUCGAAUUACUUGCUUAGUGCUUCUAUAUGGUUCAUAGUAACACCGUCAAUAAUGUCUGUGCUACUAUGAAAAGUGCCAUUGGUAUGAGCAGCUCUACCGUUACCAUACAGAACCCAUCAACAAAAAUUAGGUCGGCAUAUUCUGUGGACGAGAACUAUUUAAAUUUUGAACAGAAGGAAAAAAAGUUUUACCAAAGCUAACACACUAGUACGUAACGUAAUAAUCUUAUUUCCAGAAUGAUCCAUUUGAACAUCUAUCUGCUCCAUAUUUCUGCGAAUUUACAGCAUCAAUUUUUUGUAUGUUUUGGAUAUAGAUAUAAAAUUUUCUAGUUUUUGCACAUUUUUGUCACCCAAAUUAUCCGAUCAUAAAAGCGAUACGGUUCAUUCUAUGAUUUAUUUGUCUAGAAAUUAUAAAUGUCAUUGAGUUUGCUUGAUGAAAUAAAGAAAAGAAGCGGAUCAUCCCCUAGAAAUGAAGUAAAAAUUACUUUCCAUUUGAUAGCAUAGUCGGCAAAAUUCACUUAUUACAUUCUUAUUGCUUGGCCUUAUAACUCAUAUGUAAAAUUUAGGAAAUUGCAACAAAAUCGAUAUAGACAUUUUUUUUUAUAAAGUGUAAUAUAGGUAAUCAAAUGCACGCUGAUCUUCAAUUAGAUAUAUACAAGAAAUUAAAAGUAAACUUGUAUGAUUUGAAAAUAGAUAUUUUUGGGUGAUUCGCAGAUAUUAUUGAGAGUAUAUGCUUUAAUCCUUUGUAAAUAUCCUUAUUACCUUCCCAGCAAUUCCAAAAAAUAGCUAUAUUGGAAAUAGGUUCAGUUAUACUAUUUUAUAAUAACCUCAUUACAAGUCCUAUAUCUAUACUACUAUAGUUUUCAUAUGCGCUGUUAAAUUUAUUCCCAAACCGAGAACCGGUCGAUUAAAAACUUUUGAAAUCCUAUUUAUCGAUCAUUGUGUUAAUUCAAACCUUUUUUUUUUCUAAAUUAUAAUUAAGAGUAAUUUGAUUGUGUUGAAAUAGAAAUCUCAGCGAAAUAAUGUUUUACAUUGAUCAAACUUUCAUUUUUAGAGAUUUCUUAUUUGCCAGAGUUACAAUUGAAACUUAAUAAACUUUGAAUGAAAUUUGUUACUUAUUUCAACAUGUUUUUGUUUUUAAAAAGACAAAGGUAAUUUCUUGGUUACAUAAAAGAAGAAACAACUAGAUCCAUAACAAAGCAAAUAAGUUAAAAUGGAAAUUCACAAGACUUAACGACAUAAAGAUGAUGGGAUCAGAUAUUAUUACCCUUGGAUCUUUAAGUAGAAGGGAAGGACCAAAAUGUUUUUAUGAGACGAUUUGACAAAACAAUCAAAAUGGACGCAAAUCUCUUAAUAAAGAAAAUCAUGAAAAAAGGAAGGGACCUAUGUUCGAAAAUAGACUUAUGAGGCGGAUCGUAUAAAGACCUUAUUUAUUAUAAAUUUUGUUUUCAAGAACAAAAUAUUACUUCAAAUACAGUUAAUUGGAAAACCUUCCUCAAUCUUAGAUACAAUAUUCUUUGUGAUACUUUGUUCAACUGCCAUCCAAAAGUAGACUGGUGUGUUAUUCUUUUCAAUUUUUAGUAGACCGAAUUCAAACUGUAUUGUUGAUAUUCAAAAUUUUGUCAGUAUGCAUAAGACGGAGCGGCAAGCACCUUCUGAUUGUGCCAACCGCACCAGCUGACGAUAUGUAAUGUAAAAAUAGUUAUAGCUCGACAAACCUUUGAGCCUUUCUUAGGCUGUAACUUGACGUAUCGCUACUUUUUAUAUUCUUGAUUCAAUUUUGUUGAAGUCAUUGUCUUUGUCAAUUUUCCAAUAUUAUUCUAUAUUUCAUAUCCACGCCAAUUAUUUUUUACAACCAAAUAUCCAGGAUUCGGUAUCAUUCUAAAUUUGAAUUCGUCACAUUCCAAUUUUCUUUCGUAUUUAUUGUCCCACUCCAAGACCCAAUAAAAUAUUUUGUCUUCUCUCUAUGCUUGUACAGACGUUCUGUUUUAUAGGGUUCUCACUGUUUCUUUUAACGCUAUGUUGAGGUGGAGGUACCGUACUUCUGUUUCUAGUUUCCUAGAAACUUCCUCAGUACUUCUUAUCUCAAUCUAUUCAUACUCAGUUUUUUUUUUAUUUUUGCAGAUAUUUUAAAUUAAUAUCCGAGUAUAUAUUCUGUGUAAGUUUGAGUCGAUUGGUAAUUCCUUACUUUCGACUCAACGUCAUUAUUGAUUGGUGUCGAUGGUAAUUUCUAAUAAUACACCUAAAAAAUAUUCAUCAUACUUUCUUUGUAUUUGAAAUUUAUGGAGACAUGUUGAUAUAAUAACCAUCAUUAUGUAAGUGAAAUUAAAAUAGUUAAAUAUGCUAUUACCUUUAUAGAGAUUAUAUAUAAUUUAAUAUUGUUUUCCUUCGAAUAAGCUCUAUCGCCUUAUUGUUAAUAGCAAUUCAAAAUAUAGAUAUUGGACUGUAAUUAUUAUAUGCACUAAAAGAAGCUUAUUAACUUUAUUUUCACAUCUUUUCUCCUUUCCCUUUCCAUAAUCCUCCACUCUUUGUGUUUGUUUGAAUAGUACAAGUUACCGAAAACAUUGUGUGGCCCCCUCCCCAAGAAGAACCAGAAGUCCCUACUGCGUGUCCCUUGUUCUAUCCUCCUCCAUCUCAAAUCGAGCAAAAAAUAAUAAAAAAGAGAAAAGAAAAA